UACGAAGAAAAUUAAAAAAAAUGCUUUCCAGCUUGGCGUUCAUUUCAGCCAAGCUGAGGCAAGCAAAUAGUGUCCAUGGAUCAAAAAGAUUAGCGCACUGCAAGAAGAAGCAAGACGAUAAGAAGGUCUGCCGCUUGGGACCGAAACCGUUAAAUAAUCGCCAACCUGCCGAUGGAUAUGCCCCCACUCGUCUCUCAACGAACACGUUCAAACUGCCGCCGUUUAUCAAGUCCAAAGUGUUUCGGCCCAUGGCGAAAAGGGAGAUACUCGGCCCGAAGGCUGGCAAAUGUGAGCGUUACAAGAAUCCGGAAUACUACAGCUAUCAUCGCUACUCGUUCUACGACUUGGUAAAUGCAAGCAAUGAGCUCAAGGCCUGCAUCAAGUGCUGCAAAUAAUAUUAGAGCCAACAAAAUUAAUUGAAAUUAAGAUCGGAUUGUGCGUUAGAUGAACCAAAAAUAAGCAAGCAGCGUAGAUUGAAUAAUGUAAUAUUUUAUCAAAUAAACGAUCUUUG